GAACAUUGCUAUCGCGGUCUCCUGUAUCUUUAACCCGCCACUUUUUCUCGACUCUCAAGACGUCGUUACCAACAAACGACAGGAACAUUUUGGAGUAUUUCAAGUCGCUGCUGACAAGCGCAAUAUCUUCAAGAUGCCUCAGAACGAGUAUAUGGAGAGAUGGAGGAAACUCCACGGCAGGAGACUUGACCAUGAGGAGAAGACGAGGAAGAAGGCGGCGCGUGAGGGUCACAAGCAGUCUUAUGAAGCUCAGAACCUCCGAGGUCUUAGGGCCAAGUUGAGGGCGCAGGAGCGUCGCAAGGAGAAGAUCCAGAUGCGGAAGCAGAUCAAGGCCCACGAGGAGCGGGAUGUCAAGACGGCGAACCAGAACGACCCCAGCGAGCCCAUGCCGGCCUAUCUACUUGAUCGAUCCAACCCGAGUACUGCCAAGGCCAUAUCUUCUCAGAUCAAAAACAAGCGGGCCGAGAAAGCCGCAAGGUUCAGCGUGCCUUUGCCCAAGGUGCGAGGUUUGGCGGAAGAGGAAGUGUUCUCGGUGGUGCACACUGGCAAGAAGACACAUAAGAAGUCGUGGAAGCGGAUGAUUACGAAGCCAACUUUCGUUGGUCCCAACUUCACACGACGUGACCCCAAGCACGAAAGAUUCAUCCGCCCGAUGGGACUGAGGUACAAGAAGGCGCAUGUCACACAUAAGGAGCUCGGGGUGACGGUCAACCUGCCUAUUCUUUCGGUUAAGAAGAACCCGUCUUCUCCUCUCUAUACCAACUUGGGCGUUCUCACUCGCGGAACUAUUAUCGAGGUCGACGUGAGCGACCUGGGAUUGACGAGUGCUAGUGGCAAGGUGGUCUGGGGCCGGUAUGCCCAGGUCACUAAUAAUCCAGAGAACGAUGGAUGUCUGAAUGCCGUGCUCCUGACCUGAAAACCCUGCGUUUGGAAGCAGAUACAGAUGCAUUGUUUAUUUGGGGGACCAAUUACGGCGCUGUGAGACAGUUGGUGGUCGGUGGAAAAGGCCGCAGCAGAGUCUGGUCAACGGGCAUUCACAAGGCGUUCGGAGUUUGGAUGACGGCCUCGAAAAAUGAAAAAGAACGGCUGAUAUUUGUCGACGAGUGUCUAACAUGCUGACCUAUCCCUAUGGUAGGUAGGUAAGAUGUCAGCUGCGGACCAUAGGUAUCCAGUAGAUAGCAACUUUGCUUCCCCUGAGUCCUACAAAUGAUGAUGCCAAUGGAUGGAGGCUCCAAGUAUUAUUAAGCUACCUACCAGGUAUGGACAAUGACUGGCGACUUGUCCACUCUGGGAAUUAUAUGAGGGGUAUACCUUAUUAAUUACCCAUACCUGAUAAGAUAUCCCUGGCAACUGC